AUGCGGACGAGCUCCAAGAACCCAAGCAUCUUCUACCAAGAUCAACUCCGGGUUCCUAGCCCCUCACUCGACAAAGGUGAAGAGCCCAACCAGCAUGAAAGCCCUGACGAUCCCGGAAUACCCUACAAUUAUCGGAUCACGACAGCUUUGAAAGCACUUUCGAAUAAGAACAUCACACUGGUAGAAUACGGGGCUCAUGUUCAGUUCAGAUUUGGUUACGAGGAGGUUCCAGUGGUUCUGGAAUGGGCAGUGCCCGAUGAGCAGCUAUCGCUAGCUUCACAGAUCCUAGCCGAGCAUAACUUCCCCUGCCUCUUCACAAGAACUCGAUCGUAG